GAAAACACCUGCACUGAAAUCUGAAGGCACGGUUUGGUAUUCUUUAUUAUUUACACCAAGCUCGAAGGAAUACUCCGAGCUACAUAAAAAGGUACCUUGCAAAUUGAGAACAAACCUUGAAUCAUUGAACCUUGAACAAACCUUGAAUUGAAUCAUUUUGAAAAUUCUCAGAUAAAUUUUACAAUAUUCGUGGCCUGUGUAAAUCAUGGUGUACCCUUUGAUAAGUACGCAGAACCAAAAACCCUCGGAAAAUGAAUCUGGAAACAUUUCGAAAACGACUGCAGACGGAAAAGCGCCUUCGAAUGGACCAAUUUGGGUGGAGGGAAUUGUGCCCCCUUUAACCCCCGGGGUUACAAAUGGGGGAGAGGGUGGGUUUGUGGAGGUGAAGAGGCCUGAGGGGAGGAAGAAGAGGAGUGGGGUGUGCAUUGGGAUCUGGCUUGCAGUGGGUGCACUCUGUGCCAUCAUUCUUAUAUUAAUGGCAUACAUGGCCGCCAACUAUUUGGAGAACCAAUCAAGAGACAAGUGGGUGAAAGUGGAUUGUGGAAGUCAUGAAGAGUACUGUCAUUAUUCCAGAGAAGACCACGAGGGCAAGAAUGAUGGCCAUAACUGUGACCUCAGAGGAGGCCAUAGGCCAUACCAGGAGCCAGGGUUCGAGAUCUUGGAACACAUGUUUCUGUCCAGUGACCAUAUAUGGCAGACUAUGGUUCCCAAUUGUGGCCAUGACGAGGAUGGAAUGACGAUGUACAACUACAGCUUCGUGGUUGACUUCGAGAAAGAAGUGGUCGCAAUCAGGACUGGGGCCACUUCCGCUGACAGUACCAACAGUGGGGGCAGUUGUUUCGUGGCCCACACAGGGGACAUUCUGGACUUCCCCGAGGAGAGUGUGGUGGCUCAGUUCCUAGAAAACGGCAACUCACAAUCUCCCGAAGGAAGCGAAGGCAACGAGGAGAUGUUUUUGCAAAGUGUCCUGAUGGAGGUGACUGGUCUGAAGCAACACUUCUUCGAUGCCACCCCCUUUACCCCUCAGCUAGUUGGUCAGGUGGGGGAGGAGGUGGAGUCCCUGUGCAGAGGAGCUACCAUGUAUUCCCUGGAAAACAUCGACGCCGAGAUCGAAGAAAAUCUGCAGGACCUGUUGGAGUUCGCACAUGACACGAUGGACGAGGCCGGCGAGUUGCUGGGGGCAGUCCAGGAGAGUCUCUCUGAUUUGAGUCUGAGCGACGCCAGCAGUGUCAAUGCACUCAUGCAGGACAUGGCAGAACUCCUCCUGUUCAUACCCACUGUCGCCGAGGGGGUUCCGGACCCUUUCCGUCCACAGAUGCCCGGAGGAGCGCUGUCUCUCAACAUCCGGACACAUCACCUUGAAAUGCAGUAUGAAGAAGUGUGGCCCCGACUAGAUGACGAGAAUGCAAAUCGAAGGAUCAAGUAAACAAAAGCGAAAACACUGAAUUGAAAAAUAGACCAACGAAGUUGAAAUUAUAUGAACAAAAAGUGAACGAAUGUUUAUUCGCCACUGGAUUAAAAAUAUAUAAUUUUUUUCUGUUUGUGCAUGCUCGAAAUUGUUU